UACAGGCAAGACCAGAUUGACACCGAAUCUUGCCGAGACCAUAUAUCUCUUUAUAAAAAAGAAACCCAUCUAGCACCAAAACAUAACAAGGAAGAACAAUGGCGUCUUUGAUUCCCAUUUUGUCUCUAGUAUUUCUCUUAUUUGCAGCAUUCUACCAUCUUGGUGAGGCCAGAAACUUCACUGUGGGAGGAUCAGUUCCCGGAUGGAAGGUUCCAGAUCCAGCCAACAACACUCUCAAAAAUUGGGCAGCGGGCCGUCGAUUCAUAGUCGGAGACACUCUCGUGUUUCACUACGAUAACAAGACGAACGAUUCGGUGUUAGAAGUGACAGAAGAAAACUACAAAAACUGCAUCACAGAAAAACCAGUGAAUGAAUACAAAGGGGAACCCGCCAUGGUGACACUUAGUGUCUCAGGUCCACACUACUUCAUCAGUGGAGCUCCCGGUAAUUGCCAGAAAGAUGAGAAGUUGAUCGUUGCGGUUCAGUCAACUCAACACCCUCCCAUUCCCAAGCCCGCCGCUCCUACAGUACCAACUCCUUCAAAAUCACCUACUACCGUGACAGCUCCAGCACCAGCUCCGAGCUCUGCCGUUGGGUUGGUUGCAGGAAGUGGCAUCUUCUGGGCCAUUGUCGCUAUCAUUGGCUUCGCUUGGGCUUAAGCCUCUCUUUAAAAAAAAUGAUUAUGCAGCCAAAUCUAUAUGUUUUAGAGAAUAAUGUUGAGUUUUGUCAUCUUUGACAUUUACUAAUAUUUAAUUUGCAAUAUUUCUUGUU